AUGUUUGAAGCAAAAUCUUCCUGCUUGGAGCCAGCACGGAAGGGAAGCAGGACAGGUAUUCCUUCUAAUCCGGCAACUGUGCUGGCCAACUUGCACCACAUUCCUGAGUGCAACUAUUGGAAGGCCAUGCUGGAACUUUUGGCCCGUUUUUGCGAAGGUCCAAGCAGGAGCCUGGAGCGUGACCUGGCGCUCUACAAUCGCUACAUGCGCCGGCGCUCCCUCUGCGAAGGGGAGAAGAAAAUCACCAUGCGAGAUGCUGAGGUGGAUCGAGUUUGUCCCACAUACGUCUCCUGGUGCCCCGGAUCUCGUCUUGAGCUUGUCGAGGAGGCGCUCAAGAGAGAUAUGACCAUGACCCGCUCUAUCGAACUCUCUUUGAGCGUGUUGGGCAGCUUUUUGCCGAGCAAUUGA